AUGGCUAUGACAGGAGCAAAGCGUUUGAGAGAGUUGAUGAGCAAGGAAGACCACAUCGUCGUAGCUCCAGGCGUCUACGACGGUCUAUCCGGCAGACUUGCUCUCGCAGCAGGAGCUGAAUGCCUCUACAUGACAGGAGCAGGCACAAACAUGUCCCGCCUCGGCACCGCAGACCUAGGAAUCGCAACCCUCAACGACAUGCUCUCCAACGCCAGCACAAUCGCCUCCCUCUCGCCCUCGACCCCGGUCAUCGCAGACGCAGAUACCGGCUACGGCGGUCCCAUCAUGGUCGCCCGCACAACACGCCAAUACGCACUCGCCGGCAUCGCAGCCCUGCACAUCGAAGACCAAGUCCAAGAAAAGAGAUGCGGGCACUUGGUAGGCAAGCAAUGCGUGAGCAGAGAAGUGUACUAUGCACGUCUCAGAGCAGCGGUCAAGACAAGGGAUGAGAUGGGCAGUGAGAUGUUGGUGAUUGCGCGUACGGAUGCGAGGGCUGAUUUGGGUUUCGACGAGGCGGUGCAAAGACUCAAGGGUGCUGUGGAGUGUGGAGUUGACGCUCUGUUUUUGGAAGCUUUGCAGAGUGAGGAGGAGUGCGAGAGGGCUGUCAAGAUAUUCGCUCCUACGCCGGUGCUCUUGAAUAUGGUGCCGGGAGGUAAGACGCCGCAAAUGGGUGUGAAGAGGGCAAAGGAGAUUGGAUUCAAGCUUUAUAUCAACCCGACUUUGGGCCUGGAGGCUGUGGUCAGGCCGUUGGAGAAGGCUUAUAAGAUGUUGGUUGAGCAGGGCACUGAUGAGUGCGAACCCAUUGGUCCAAAGGCUCUCUUUGAGAUUUGUGGAUUGAAUGAUGCUAUGGCUUUCGACGAGAGUGUGGGUGGCGCUGCAUUUGGUUCAAAGUAG